CAGAUUAGAUAAACACAGACUCUCAACACUGUACAAGAAACCAACGGGCAAAGGUUCUUUAAAGAAGCUUUCUCCAGAACUUUUCACAUUAUACUUGGGAUGCUUAAGACACCUGUGGUGUGAGGAUGGCAACUUUAAGGAAACAAUACGCAGUGGCCAGACCUGUGUACUCCGAGGACAGCUUUGCUGAUGAUCAUGAGAAAAUCUACAGGGUGCGUAAAACCACCUGGGACCAUGUGAAACAGUAUCUGAUCUGUGAUUCAAAACGCGCCAAGAAUGCAGUGCUCUCUCUUCUGCCCAUCAUUGGCUGGAUGAGGAUCUACAGAGUUAAAGAGUGGCUGCCAGGUGAUGUGGUAUCUGGGAUCAGCACUGGACUGGUGGCCAUUAUGCAGGGUCUGGCCUUCUCCCUGCUGGCUGAGCUGCCUCCAAGCUAUGGCCUCUACACAGCUUUCUUCCCCAUGCUUAUAUAUUUCUUCCUCGGUACUUCAAGACAUAUAUCUAUCGGUGCCUUCCCAGUCCUGAGCCUGAUGCUAGGAGCUGUGGUGCUCCGCCUGGUGCCAGAUGAAGGAUCACCAGCCAACAUCACCGCCUUUGAGGGCCUGAACAAGACUGAACAGAGGGUCCUGGUGGCCUACUCUGUGACCUUUCUCGUGGGGAUUUUUCAACUUGCCAUGGGUGUUCUGCAGGUGGGCUUUAUUGUUGUGUACCUGUCUGACACUCUGGUGUCUGGCUUCACCACAGCAGCUGCUAUCCAUAUCGUGGUGUCACAGCUCAAGUUUGUGUUAGGGCUGACCGUUCCAGGCAUCAAUGGUCCACUCGCUAUCAUAUAUACCCUAGAGAAGAUCUUUGUCCAGAUCGCCUCCACCAACAUCUGUGACCUGGUGAUGUCCAUCGUGAUCAUGAUGGUGGUGUUCAUUGUGAAGGAGCUGAAUGACAGAUACAAAACCAAGCUGCCUGUUCCCAUCCCCAUAGAGGCUAUCAUGACUGUCAUAGCUUGUGGGGUGUCCUAUGGCUUCACCUUCGAGACGAGAUAUAAUGUCACUGUUAUUGGCACAAUGGUUAAAGGGUAUGAGUCACCCACUGCGCCUGAUAUUGAAGUCUUCCAGAUGAGCGCUGCAGAGGCCUUUCCUAUAGCCAUAGUGGGGUUUGCUGUUGCCUUCUCUGUGGCCAAAGUCUACGCUAUCAAACAUAAUUACACCAUUGACGGGAGCCAGGAACUCAUUGCAUUUGGGAUCAGCAACAUAUUUGGUGCAAGUUUCAGGUCGUUUGCAGCCAGCACAGCACUAUCCAGAACGGCUGUGCAGGAGAGCUCAGGAGGCAAAACACAGAUUGCAGGGCUGAUCUCAGCCUUGAUGACGAUGAUUGUUACUGUGGCACUUGGCUUCCUGCUGGAGCCGCUUCCCACGUCUGUCCUGGGUGCUUUGGUCAUUGUCAACCUGAAGGGCAUGCUGAUGCAGUUCAGAGAGAUCCCGUACUUAUGGAGGAGGGACAAAACAGAACUUGUGGUGUGGGUGGGAACAUGUCUGGGUGCCAUCUUCCUGGGACUGGAUUAUGGUCUGGCAGUGGGCUUGGGGGUGGAGCUGAUCACUGUGGUCUUCAGGACUCAAUUCCCCCGCUGUUCCGUCUUGGCUAACAUCCCAGGGACUGACCUCUACAGAGAUCGCAAAGAUUAUCACAAUAUAUUCGAACCAAAUGGAAUAAAAAUCUUCAGGAUACCCUCGCCUAUCUUUUUCGCCAAUAUUGAGUUCUUCAGGGACAAGCUUGUAGAGGCUGUUGGGUUUAACCCUCUGAGGGUUUUGAGGAAGCGGAACAAAGCUCUGAGGAAAAUCAAGAAACUGUUACAAGAAAAGGAUGAUGACAUUACAGGGAAAGGAACAAGGGAUUCAUACCGCCAGAAGACUGAUGACCUCCUGAACGAGGAGGAGUUGGAUCGUCCCACCAACCUCAGGAUAGACUGGAACAGCGAGCUUCCUGACAACAUUAGUGUUCCUAGAGUGAACCUCCACAGCCUGAUCCUGGACUUCUCUGCUGUCUCCUUCCUGGACAUCUCUGCUCAGAAGGGACUUAAAACGACAAUCAAAGAGUUCAUCCGUGUUGAUGUGGAAGUUUACAUUGUUUCUUGUGAUGUGUACAUCCGGGAGAAUCUACACAGCUGUAUGUUCUUCGAUGAUGAGAUUCUGACCUCCAUGUUCUUCCCGACCCUUCAUGACGCCAUGCUGCAUGUGCUGGAAAAACACAAGGAGGAUAGAACCAGAGGCUGGGUGUUAGCCGACAGCAGACUGUAGAAGAGCAACUGUCCCCAGGAAGAUCCCUUCAACCACAUCAAGAUCAAAAUGCUGUGAAAUAAACUGCACCAUAUCAUCUGUGGUCAACACAUGACCACAACACAAUCAACUAAACAAAUAUUUUGUAUAUUGAGUAAGUCAGCGAUUUUUAUUCUGUUUAGGUAAAAGUCAAAGUUCAUUUUGUGAGUUUUACAAGUGAUCCAGUCUCUGUUGUCACAACUUGUUAUUGAAGUAAGCAGUCUUUUUUCCACACUGUACCUUUGCUGAAUGCAAUAUAAUUUCAAGAUUAAAUGAGGAUAUGGAAGAAUUGGAGGUAACAAACA